AGCCUUUCAAAUUGUAGUGGCGCUUUAUUUAGAUGGAAUCUAAAGUGGAUGAUCACAGAAUAGACAGCCGCGAAAAGAGUACAAAAAAGAGUACAUGCCAGAGCACCUACACAUACUUUAAAGAAUAUUGUAAUAGUACCAGUAUCCAUGGAUUUAAAUAUCUGGCCGAAGAAAGAUCUUUGGGAGAAAGGUUGUUAUGGAUAUCGCUGAUUACGAUGGCUUUCAUGGGCUGUGGUUAUCUCAUUAGCCAAAUAUAUUCUAAAUACACCGAAAGUCCUGUAAUAGUAUCAUUUGCAACGAAAGAGUCACCAAUCUAUACGAUUCCAUUUCCUGCUGUAACUAUCUGCCCUACGACAAUAGCACGGAAAAGGCUGUUUAAUUUUACUGAUUUUUCAAGAAAGAUGAAGGUCAAAGAGAAGUUGACAAGCACUGAAGAACGGUAUGGUAAGUAUAUAUCAUACGUUUGUGACACUGACUAUGAGUAUUUUCCAAAUGAAACGUAUUUUACUGAAGAUUUCUAUCAAGCUUUAGAUGAGAUAAAAAUACCAGCGGAAGAUUUCAUGGAACAGUGUAAAUUUAUGUCGUUGAAGGUUCCGUGCAAGGAGUGGUUUACUCCAAUAAUAUUGGAUGAUGGUGUCUGUUUUACCUUCAAUAUUCUCGACAAACACGAAAUAUAUGAUCGUUCAGUAGUACAAUUUAAAGAUUACCACGAAGCAAUAAUAUCCGAGUGGAACGUGGAAGACGGGUAUGGAAAAGCGAAAACUGUGAGUAAUUACCCUUAUAGAGCUUUUGUGGCAGGAGCUGAUAAUGCGUUCGAAAUUAUUUUGUACCAGAACGAUACGGAUCUGGACCAUUUGUGCGUAGACGAUUUUCAAGGAUUUAGCGUGAUUCUUCACGCUCCAUAUUCAAUUCCCCAAUUAAAAAGUCAAUACUUUAUGGUUCCAUUUAACAGGGUGGUUAACGCUCUAGUAAUCCCAAAGGUAAUGUCAACUUCCGAUAAAGUCAAAAUGUACAAACCCAGAGCACGAGAAUGUUAUUUUUCAACUGAGAAAAAACUAAAAUAUUUCAAAAUAUACGCACCAAGAAAUUGCAAGUUAGAAUGUCUAACUGACUUCACUUUAAAAAAGUGUGGAUGCGUCAAUUUUCACAUGCCCCGAAAAAACGAUACAGCUAUAUGUGGAAACGCUAAAUUUAAAUGCGUAAAAGACGCUGAACAUUUAUUAAAACUGGAACAAUAUGACAUUCAAAUAGAAGAUGAAAAUAUGGACUUCUUUUGUGAUUGUAAACCAUUAUGUACGGAUGUCACCUAUGACGUUGAACAAUCGCAAGCACCUUGGGAUAAAAAAGAACAAUAUAUAGCAGCUGGAGUAGAGAAAGCUUUUGAUGCGAGUAUACGUUACUCCAAGCUUUCUGUAUUUUUCAAGCAAGAUUCUUUCCUAACCUCACAAAGAAACGAGCUUUAUGGUCCAACAGAUUUCUUGGCUAAUUUUGGUGGCCUGAUGGGAUUAUUUACUGGAUUCUCUCUGUUAUCAGCUGCAGAAAUUUUGUACUUUUUGUCAGUUAGAUUAUGCUGUAAUUUUAGAUUAUAUAGAAGCGCAACAGGGAUCGGUGUAUAAUAGAUUGUACUUGAGAAAGUUGUACGUGUCACUUUAAAAAUUAAAAAGUUUAUCA